GCCGUCCGUCUCCUGUACACAAUCUCCAGGACGUCCAUCUGAUGUCAGAGUGUCAAAUGUUACCAACACAUCGGCCGUCCUCUCCUGGUCUCCUCCUGACAAUGGUGGAGGGAGACCUCUCUAUGAGAUAGUCUACACCGUCACUGGCAGUGACAGAGGAGGAAGUGGAGGAGAGAGAGUGUUGGUGAGUGAGGUGAAUGAUACAGAGACCAUUGUGACUGGACUGACUCCUGGUGUCCUCUACACAUUCUCUGUAUCUGCUGAGAAUGAUGUCUCCUCUCAGGACAACAAUAUCAAUGCCAGGAGUCUCAGUACCACUGCCAACACUCAGGAAGGAGUUGGAGGGACAGUGACAGAGUUUGUGGUGGGAGAGAAUGGAGUGUUGAGCUGGUCUUCUCCAGUUCCUCCUAAUGGAGUCAUUCUCUACUACAAUGUCAUCAUAUCCACAGCUGACUCUGGGCAACUGGUCACCAGAGUUGGGGAGUUGGACGUCUUGACUAUUGAUGUCUCCAACUAUGGAGAGAUGAACAUGGACUACAAUGUUA